GGAGAAGAUGAAUUUAUAAACAUUAGACAUUUUACUUCUAAUGUGUUGGGUUUGAUUCAUGGCUCAUAAAAGUGUUGCCAUCAUUAGGAACAGUUAAGUUAAUAGUUGCUACUCGCUGUUGCUGCCUUCGUGUCUCCGCCUCUUACAUUCCUGAGUGUCUGGUAGCGAAGAGGAGGAGGAGGUGGAAAGGAAAUAAGGGGAGCUGCGAUCUGCCCUGGACCCUGAACCAGCCCGGAGAUGAUAAACAACAACAACACCUCUCAGACCGAAUCCUCCUGUUGCUGCUCUCUGGCACAUUUAUCCAUCUGCGUUUAACCCAACUGGACCUCUACGGUUAUUGUUUUUUUAAAUUUCUUUUCCUGGACGCGCAAACUUGUUGGGAACUUUUUUUCCCCUGUGGAGCAAGAGUUUUGGUUUAAAUCCCAACGCCACUGAGCCUUGCUGUGUUUCACUGCCGCUGAGGGAGAAAACACCACAUCCAGAACAAGGUCGGAGACAGUCAUGGAGAUCCUGGACAGUGGCGAACCGUUCCUACACUGGGAUCGGAACCUCAGCGAACUGUCUGAGGCCGGGGACAUCGACUGUGUGCUGCACACCAAUCACUUCUCCGAGCUCCUCGAUGACCUCUCCCCGGACGCUCUGCUGGGCCAGCUGCUCAGCGACCCCUUCCUGUCCGGGGUGCGAUGCGGCGUGGAGGCCAUGGAGGGGGAGGACGGAGGCGACCUGUCCCCGUCGUCCCCUCUGCCCCCCCACAUCACAGCAGAGCACAGCUACUCGCUGUGCGGUGACAGCCGACCGCAGUCGCCGCUGUCGCACCUGACUGGAGAGCAGGGCAGCGAGGCGGAAUCCGAUGGGGAAUCCUCCGAGUGGCCCAUGGAGCAGGAGGAGGCCAUCAGCAGCCUUCUGUGCGAGACCCCGGUCCUCCUCCCCACCCUCUCCAUGUCUCUGGCCUCCACUGAGGGGGCCCAAGCUCCUGAGGGCCCUGCCGUGGCCCCUACCGCCGCUACCACCACCCCUGCUCAGAUCAUAAUCAGCAGCUACAACCAGGGCAAAGGCAUCAAGAUAAAGGAGGAGAACAUCAUCCCUCAGAUCAAACUAGAGCCUCACGAGGUGGACCAGUUCCUCAACCUGUCACCCAAAGGUCUGGAGUCUCUGCAGAUGCCUCCCACUCCCCCCAGUUCCCACGGCAGUGACUCGGAGGGCAGCCAGAGCCCCGUCCACGCUCCGCCCGGCCUCUCCUGCCCCACCUCACCCACCAGCCCUCCCCCACUGCAGGCCAGCCUGAAGGUGUCGCCCCGUGCCGCCUCAUCGCUGUCCAACUCCCCCCUGCUCACUGCUCCUCAUAAGCUGCAGGGGUCCGGCCCGCUGAUGCUGACUGAGGAGGAGCGUCGCACGCUGGUGGCCGAGGGCUACCCCGUUCCCACCAAGCUGCCCCUCACCAAAGCCGAAGAGAAGGCUCUGAAGAAGAUCCGCCGGAAAAUCAAAAACAAGAUCUCGGCUCAGGAGAGUCGCAGGAAGAAGAAAGAGUACAUGGACACGCUGGAGAAGAAGGUGGAGAACUGCUCUAACGAAAACAAUGAACUGCGCAGGAAAGUGGAGACUCUGGAGUGCACGAACAAGUCUCUUCUACAGCAGCUGCAGUCUCUGCAGGCCAUGGUUGCCAGCAAAGUCCACAAGUCGUGCAGGAUGGCUGGCACCCAGACGUCAUCGUGCCUAAUGGUGGUCGUGUUGUGCUUUGCUCUGUUUUUGGGCAGCUUUUACCCAAACAGCCUGACCCCCUACUCCACCAUCACAGAGACGGGCCUCGCUUCCAGACAGCUGCCUGUCAAAGAGUCCUACACAGCCACAGUGAAGUCGAGGAGUCUGUUAUCAACCGUCGAAGACGAGCAGCCACAGCUCCUUGGCCUCGGGGGAGAAUACCCCGACCAAUGGGAGGACACGCCAGCCGUCGUCAUGGCAGCGUGGCGUCGCUCGGAGCAACAGAAGCUGGGGAUGGAGCCCGUCAGGGUAGAAACACACCCACCUUAUAGGAGUAAAAACAAUGAGACACAGACACCACAAAACCUGCUGCUGGACCUCCACAGGUCUCUGGAGCAGAGGGCGAAUGAGAGCAGUAGUAAAGUGGUAGAGCUGGAGCGAACGGUCAAUGAGACGUCCUGAGUUUGGCGUCGAAGACCCCACCCCUUUCUCGCUUCAAUCCACUUCUGUUGUGACCUUUGACCUUGUGAACAUGGUUCAGUGUCCUGGAGCAAACCUCAUACAGUAAUUCCCACUGCUGACGUUUUUUUUGCCAUCUCUGCUAAAUCAGAAACACUGUAUUAGUAAAUAAUAGUAAUACUAAUAACAAAAGGCACUGGUUGUCUAUUUCUGAGGAAAAGUUGCACUGAAUAAGUCAAAUCCAGUUUACACUGGGUUUUUUUGGCCUGAAAAACUGUUGAAACACCCAAUAAAUAAAUAAAAAAGGAUCUAAUAAAUAAUGUAGCAUCAAAUAUAUUCAAGAGGAAAGUAUAUUAAAAUAUGACAUGGGGCUUUUUACAGGAUAGUGACGUAGACCUUUGUAUUUAUAGAAGCCAGAAAUGUUUUGGCUUGUUAUUCUAUACUUGCUCUUUCUAGAUGGAUUUCUUUUAAUAUCAAUUGUUUUAUGCCAUUUCAGCAAAAAUCACAGUUUGAUACUUUUGUCAUGUGUAUACUGUAUUUUGUGUUUCUGUUUUAUUGUAUUCUUUUAUAUAUUGUUCAUAGUUCCUUAGCUGUCUCACACUUUUAUGCAUCAAGGGCUUCCGCUCUGGGUUUACAUGGAAAUGAAUUCAUUUCUAAAUUAAUAUUUUACGAUGUUUAUAAUUUCCUACAUUGGCUACAAAAAAAUGUUUAAUUAAUGCAGGACAAUUUAUUUGAUAUAGCUGAAAACCAAAUAUCACAUUCACACAUGUAUGAAAUUUGUGUGUGACAGUACUUAGGAUAUUUGGACUUCAGAUGAACAUUGUGUCAUCAAGCACAUGUUAACGAGCUGCAAGUUAUGGAAAUGCAACACUUUCUCUGGACUUUUUGUAAAUAUGACUAGAUGAGUCUGAAAGUCUGAGUGUGUUUGGGAUCCUUAACCAAUCCAUAAUUCAUUCCAAGUCUAUUUUAGUUGUUGUGCUGUUGAUAAAUUAUGAACCUAAGAUGCCUUUGCUUCAGGCUUUGUCCUGAAUUUUUAUUGAGUUUCAUUUGGUAAUUACCCACCAUGGCUUUAAAACUAAACUUCUUUUAUAUUUAUUAGCUUUAUGAAAACAUAAUGUUAUUUUAUGCAUUACAGAUAAGACACUUUCCCUUCUGUGCACCCAUGUAAAUAGAUAAUGCUACCAAAGUUCCACUGUCUACAUUAAACUGAAUAAACCUUCAUUUCUCUACAUCUGUAUAUUUUACAGGAAAAGAAACAUCAAAAUUGACAUUUUUACAUUCUCUUCUAGUUCUUCUACAACAGCCAGUGGAAAACAGAUCAGUUGCUUCUUUGUUUUGCUUUUGUGAAAAGCCAGCUUGUCCUGACCUUCUGUCUUUUUGCUUUUAAAUAAUUAAAGUAUUUUCCUUAGUAAAAGCAUUUAUCCUGUGA